AGGAGGGGGAGGAGGAUCCUGUCCGCCUGCAGCAGCGGCGCACCGAGCUCUUCUCCAUCCCAUGUGUUUGGAAGAAAAAAAAGAAUACUAAUGACAAUAAUGGGCUCGGGUCCGAACACGUGCUGCUAGAAUAAUAGCCCCGUGUAGCUUUCUCUUCUUGCGAAUAACACAGUUUGGUUCCAAACAGACCUGAAGAUGCUUCCCCGCUCGUCAUCCGCGCAGAUGGAGGGUUGCGAGGAGGAGAGGGACGCGCACAUGCAAACAGAGUGCACCAGACUGACGGAGGAGAGAGACGAGGCCGAGAGACAACUCAAACACAUCAAGAGAGUGUCUCAGAUGGUGAUUGAGGAGGUGAGCGUUCUGCAGACUCAGCUGGAGAUCGAGAAGUCGUGCCGGGAAAAUGCAGAGGCUCUGGCCACAAAGCUCAACUGUGAGAACAGGAAGUUGAAGUACCUGAGCCUGUCUUCUCGGCCGUGUUUGGACGAGCUGCUUCCCAGCAUCUCAGACUGCAUCGCACUGGAGACCGACGCCGACGCCGACGCAGACGCUGCGGACAGCAGCCCCGACAACUUCACACAGUAUCAGCAGCAGGUUAAAGAGCUGAGGGAGACAGUGAACAGCCUGCUGGAGGAGAAGAAGAAUUUUGUUUGUCAGAUCCAUGACCAGCAGAGACGGAUAGAAGAGCUGAUCACACAGUCGGAGAAAGAUCAGGCAGAGAUGAAGGAGCUUCGUGAAACUGUGGAGCAGCAACGAAAAUCCAUCAAGAGAUUUAACAGAGUCUCCAUGAUGGCGGCCCAGGAGUACGAGGGGAUGAAGGAGCAGCUGGGCCUGGAGCAGAGCCUGCGAGUUACAGCUGAGACCUACGCGCAUGAGAUGCUGGUGAAGCAGAAGGAGGCCAAUAGGCAGAGUAUGCUGCUGCUGCAGAGUGUUGAGCCCAGCGUUCAGCUCCUGAAAGCUCUGGAGGACGUCGCCGCCAUCACCAAAACCCUGGAGGAGGAGCGUCUGCAGCAUCAGCAGAAGGUGCAGAGUAUGGAGGCUCAGCUGGAGCAGAGCUGUGUGAAGAAGCAGCUGGAGACUCUGCAGAGGCAGCUGGAGCUGCUGGAGGUAGAGAAGAAGGAGGUGGAGGGACGACUGGAGCAGGCGGAGAAGAAGAGCGAGGAGCUGCAGAACAGAGUCCACGAGCUCCAGGAGACCCAGAAAAAGAUCGCCAUGACGACCAUCGCAGCACCACCUCCCCCCGAACCUGGGGUGGCGCCGCCUCCCGCCCCUCCCCCACAGCCACCUCCUCCCCCUCCUCCUCCCCCUCCACCGCCUCCUCCGCCUCCCCCAUCGAGAUGCAACCCCCUCAGCUCUCUGAUAGCCAUCAUGAGGAAGUCUUCAAAAGGCUCUAAAGCCUCUCCGAAGGCAGAACAGCCUCCAGUUGCCGAGGGCGUGGACGAUGUGAAAGUGAAGGCGGUGAAUGAGAUGAUGGAGAGGAUCAAACACGGCGUCGUCCUGCGGCCCGUCAAGAGUCAGGACAGCAAGCAACCACCAACGUGUGAGGAGAAGCCACAGGAGAGCGCCAUGGACGAACUGAAAGGCAUCCUGGAGACGGUGAAGAGGAGCCCAAGCAGAGGCUCCCAGGAGGCAGGGCCAUCUCCGUCGGGGAAGAAGGACAGUGAGCUGGAGGUCAUCCUGAGACGCAGACGCAACAAGGCGGGAGAGGCCGGCUCCGGAGAUGAGCGCGAGGGCCAGAUGAGCAACGUCUCCUCCUCCGACAGCCUGAACGGGAGGCGCACCAGCAGCGACUCGGGCAAAGAUCCAGAGGGGCCGGGGGGGCUGAGCGUCCCCUCCGAGCCGGCGGGACCCAGGGUCGGCCCGGAGAGACGGGGGUCAGGGCCGGGGCCUAUCGUGGCCAGGAGGAAGAGUUCUGACACGGGCAGAGAGCCCAGAGUGGGCUCCUGGCAGGAGAGGAGGUCCUGCAGCUCUCUGUCUGAGAAGGAAACAGCAGAGUCUCCGGUCAGCAACGGCUGCGUCAGCAGUGCGGGGGAGGAGGAUAAAAGUGUGACGGAGAAGUGUGUCCAGUCAAACGGAGUCGACCACGGCGAGGAUGCACACGCCGCCGUCUGCGCCGGUCCGGUCUACGGCAGCGCCGACGCCGAGUGCUAGGAUGGACUCCGAGGAUCCUGGGUUUUGUUUCUGGAAUCUGAUCCGGGCCUUUAUUGAUUGAUGAUCUAGGGUGUGCGAUCACACCUUGGCUCUUUGUUUAUUGGGUCAGAAACCACAUGAAAAAGUUGACUUGGUUUUACGUUUGUAUUUGUUUUUUUCUGAUUGAGACUAACCGCUCACACACUAACUACAGAAGGGGCUGUAAAGAAGAGUCAAAUUACUGACAUGUAGCAAAUUUAUCAGACAGUUUUGGUCCAAGCUUUUUUUUUCACCACACUGACACAAGUUGAAAAAGCGGACAAGUGCAAGUCCAGAGAUUAAAUGUCGUCGCUCUCAUGUGAACGAGUGAGUUCAGAUAGGCUGUGUCUGGCGUGAACGCAGCCUGACAUGUCUACCCAUUGUAGAAAUGUUCUCGAUCACAGACUGUGACUGUUGCUCAUCCAUAAUUAGGACACAGGGCAUCUUUAAAAACUGAAGCUAAACCUGCAGCCGGGUGGAAAUUCUCAAGUGCACUGAUUUCCAGCCAGGGGUUCAGGACCCCCAAGAGAGGCCAGAAGCUGAGUCUCAGAGGUGGGAAGAAUAUUAUUGGGGUAGGAAACGGGAAAAAUCUAACUCAGUUACACAGAAUUACGUUUAUUUGUCUCACUUGUUUUCACUUACUCUAGUUAAAUAUAUAUAUUAACGUGUGCCAGUUUCCCCUCGGUUUUCAGGUUUUAUUAUCUCCAAUAACCUGAAAGUUCUUUCUGGUGAAUCUUGUAGGUACAGUACACACACACACACACACACA